GUCACGUGCUCAUUGUUGACGUCGCAUUCCGUUACUCCUUAUCGCUUUUUUAACUAUUCUUAACUGCGAGAACUUAUCGAGAUCGGUGCCAAACGUCGCGUUCGCGUUUAUUGCCAUCGUCCUAAUAUUCUUACAACGGAGAACACUCGUGAAAUGAUAUCUACGAUAACGAACAGCACUCGUCGACAUCGUCGUCAUUGUUUGACGCUCUGAUAGCCGCCAAAAUUUAAGAUAUCCGCGAAGAUCCGAAACGAUUUACCAAUCAUCGAGAUUAUCGACAAGUGGCACUUGUAACGAAAUGCCACAGCGCGUAAAAUGUUAUCGUAAAGCACGAAUUGCCGUGAUGCCCUUGCGCAUUUUGAGGUUAAACCCGCCGUUCUCCACAUGCUUGCUGCGUUCGUGCCAUCGGCGGGGGGCCCCCCCCCCCCCGAGCUGGACGCCGCGAAAGAGCGCGAUGACAAUGGCAUUCUUGAAUCGAUAACUGCAUUAACUGCUACCUCAUUGAAGUGCGAUAAUACCAACCUAAACGUGGUACGUUGUCUUGUUUCAGUUAUCGUGCAAUAUGGCUUUGUUGCGAUACUCGUGGGUCUUGUUACUACCAGUUUUGACAUGCGUUCAGGGAGACCUUAGAGCAUCAACGCAGGAUUUAAAAGUACAACUCAAUCAGCGGAGCUCGUUCAACUUAUCACUGACGGAACCGUUAGAACCUGAUAGCAGAACUGCAGUCGUUACGAUAGAUGUACAGCAUCCUGAUCUGCUAUCUAUAAACCCAUCAAACUUUUCUAUUACACCGAGGGACUCAAAAACAGAAUGGGUUAUUUAUGUUAAAGGCCUGGGCGCAGGUCAUUUGAUUGUUAGCGCUAAUGUAACCCCUAGUGAUAUUACGGAUUUCUCCCAAGCGUUUGUUAGAGUAACAAUAGAGAAAUCAAAUACAUUAUAUCAUAUCAGUGCUGUGGUUGGAUGGAUAUAUUUUUUAGCAUGGAGUGUAAGCUUCUAUCCACAAAUCUAUAUUAAUUAUAAACGUAAAAGUGUUGUGGGUCUUAAUUUUGAUUACGUGUCACUAAAUCUUGUCGGUUUUCUUAUGUACGCACUGUUCAAUUGUGGCCUGUACUGGAUACCUGAGAUUGAGAAAGAAUAUUUCGAACGAUAUCCAAAAGGCUUGAAUCCUGUACAAAUCAAUGAUAUAUUUUUUUCGUUACAUGCAGUAUUUGCUAGUAUAAUAGUUAUCGGACAAUGUUUUAUUCAUGAGACAGGUAAUCAGAGAGUAUCAACGACUGCACGUUUUAUCCAUGGGAUAUUUGCGAUUUUUAUACUAAUAUCUUUGAUAUUAUCUUUCGUGAAGACAAUCCAAUGGCUAGAUUUUCUCUACUACUGUAGCUACGUUAAGCUCAGCGUAACGCUUAUUAAAUACGUACCGCAAGCAUUUUACAAUUAUAGAAGGAAGUCCACUGUCGGCUGGAGUAUAGGAAAUGUAUUUUUAGAUUUUACGGGUGGCAUUUUAUCAAUGCUACAGAUGAUACUCAACGCUUAUAACUAUGAUGAUUGGGAGAGUAUUUUUGGAGACCCAACCAAAUUCGGUCUUGGAUUCUUUUCUGUGGCGUUUGAUGUAUUUUUCUUAAUUCAGCACUAUGUUCUGUACAGGAAUCGCGCGGACUAUGCCGAGCUGCCCGGCCAUUGCCAGGAGGAGCCCGAGGGCGCGUGCAGCGCAUGAAAAUACGAAAAGUCGCUUA